AAUGGGUUUCCGUGUUCUCCUGUUCUUCGGGCUCCUCUCCUUUCCCUUCCCGGGCCCGGGCGUCGCUGCGCAAAAGGCCGCAGAGGUGCUGCUUGAUGAGAGCCUCUUGGAUGCAGGUAGAAACACACAUACGCACACACACGCGCGCACGGACCCACAAACAAGAAGGGGUGCACACAGGGGCUCUUUGCUGUGAUGUUUGCAGGUAGCCCUGCUCCUCCUGUGUCUUCGGAAGACGCCAGCACACCAGCUCCGGAGGGCGACCUGAGCACCCCACCGCCCGACUGCUGGGACGACUCUGGCGAGUGCAAUGUGAGUCAGCGGGAGGCAACACAAGCUCACAGAGGCAGGCGGACUCACCUCACCUCCAUCUGGCUUUUAUCCUGUAGCUUGCCGAAGUGGUGCAGUCGCCUCCCGCCAAUGACACCUUCAUCAAGACGCUUAUCGCCCACCCGGCUUCCAUCAUUGGCGUCGAGUUCAAGACAGGGCACCCCGGUCAAGACGCGCCUGCGUUCGAGACGAUGUCGUUCGGCGUCCCCUACACGCGAUUCGUUCAGGAGCUGAUGGCACUCGGUGUCAACACGCUGCGCAUACCCGCGGCCGGCAUGGACCAGCUGCAGCGUGUGAGCGUCCUUCAGAGGUUCCUGCAGGGACUGGUCGACCACGGUUUCGUAGAUUUCGGAAUCGUCCUUUCACAAAAAGGGUGGCAUCUUCACCGCCCCGCCAACCAAGAGGCCCUCUCUGACGCAUUUGCCAACGCCUACAGAGCGCUCGCUCAGAUUGGUCUUGACGACCGCAUCCUCGGGGUCAUGUUUGGUACACAAAGACACCGGGAGGGGGAGGGAGAGGUUUGUGUAAGUGACCACGUCACGUCUUGGCUUGAUCGAUCCUCAGGUGAAAACGAGCCACUCAAGGGUCUGCAGUCCGACAAGCAGCAGUGGGACAAGCGACAUAUGAGCGUCCUUAAGACGAUGGCGAUGGUCAACACCAAGACUGACGGCUUUUUCACCUCGAGAGCCGUCUACAUACUCGGGAGGGGCCACGGCUCCCAAUUCACGGGCGUCAAGGCCUCAUCCGACUUCCUGGGCUUCCACCGCCAAAUCCGCGACUACGCCGCCAAUCACGUCUACUCAUACAAGCUCUUCCAAGAGGGCAAGCCGUCCAGCCUCUCUCUCGACAGCUGGCGAGCCCACUUUCGGCGCUAUGACGGCCUGGACGAGGUCACUCAGUUGGCCGUGCCGAUAAUCUUCGUCGGCGAUGCGAGCGAUGGCCUGCGGGGUGGGUCGUUUGUUGAGGGCAAGAGUCCGUAUGGUGGCGGGGCGGGGCAGUAUGUGAUCAAGGCGCUGCGGGACGUCUUCCUUACCAACAAAUGGACGGGCUUCGCUCUCGGGCCUUUCCUCGUCGACCCGGCGGUUGAGAAGGUGGGCCGGACCACCCUGUUUGUGACCAAUGGGGGUGACGAUUGGCUGCCUCAAGAAGAGACCAUCGCCGCAUUCAUGACCUGGCGGGACAGCACCAGGUGAGGCCACCGCCACCACAGACACCCUCACAAAUGCCCCUCCCUAUGUGUGUUGCUGUGUGUGUUGUGUUUGUUGUGUUUGUUUCUGGCUGCAGGAGUGAGGGGUCGGUUCGCAAGAGCUGCGACUCGUCUUCCCUGUGGCGCUUCCUGCCUAGAAGGAGACGCGUAUUCGUCACCCACUGCGACCCAGACCGCCAGACCGCCGUGUCCAGGGCAACCGCCCCCCCCAUGCGCACAACACGAGAGGACGUGCCCAGCGGUGCGGUGGGGAGGACAUUGUGUCCUUUGGUGCUGCCUUUCACCGCUGCCGUGGGGCUGAUAUGGCUCUGGCCCUGAUGAAUGGACGGAUGGAUGGAUGGAUGAGCCACGGGGAAUGAGAUCUCAUGCAUGGAUGAGGGGGCGCGGAUGGGAACGAGCCAUGCGCGCCUUCUCUAUCUCUUUCUUCUCUGAGGGAUUUUGAUUUGAGUGUUUUUUGUAAGUAAGAUGGAUGCAAACGACAUGCAUGUGUUGUGUGUACCUGUAGGUAUCAGUAUCAUUCGAUCGUGGGUGUGCGCCCUUCGAAUGAAGGGAAGUCAGAUCGUAUGUGUUCACUUGUACGGGUGUGUGUGUGUGUGUGUGUAUGUGUUAUCUAUCUAUGGGGGUUGGUUGGAAGUCAGCUUGACGCCAGCAAGCAUUUUGGGUCAGCCAGAGGGGCGGGCCUAGGGGGCAUCCACGCCUAUACUGACGAUACUUACCCAGAAUUUUGCGUAGGAGGAAACAUACAUACAUACAUACAAAGAUCCUGUCAUGUGCCCUCUCUCUCGUGUGUAUGCUUGCAUUUAGAGAGAGACCUUGCGUGUGAAUGUAUGUUUAUCUAACCAUGUGUGUGUGUGUGUGUAUUGGUUGGCGCCAGUGGUAGCGGGUGGGUGGUGUGGCCGACAAAGGCACGCAGGUACCUGAAUGCUUCAUACCGACCGAUGUUACUAUGUGUCGACGAAUGGGACUACCCAUCGACUAGUGGGGACACUACGUCAUGUGGUGUGUGUGUGUGUGUGUGUGCAUAUGUCGUAUUUUUCUAAUGUUCAGCCAUGACAGUUGAGUGAGUGGAUUAGACAGACAGACAUUUGAUAAAUCCUCCAUCUAUCUAUCC